UCGUCCUUAACUCACCAAGAACAAGGAAAAGAAAUCCACAGCUUAGCAACGCAUCCUACGCUACCACCAGAAAUCCUUCAAAGGCAUUUGCAACCAUGCCGAUCGUGAGGCGCAGCAACAUCUUUGAUCCCAUCUCUGUCGACGUUUUCAACACCUUCCCCGGCUUCGCGAGCGAAACCUCCGCCUUCGCCAACACCCGCAUCGACCGGAAGGAGACGCUCGAUGCCCACAUCUUCAAGGCCGACCUCGCCGGGGUGAACAAGGAGGAGGUGGAGAAACGCAGGGUCCUUCAGAUCAGCAGCGUGCGGAACGAGGAGCAGAAGGAGAAGAACGACAAAAGGCACAGCGUGGAGAGGAGGUUCCGGCAGUCGGAGAACGAGCAGGUUCUGGCUCGGCGUACGGUGCGAUGUCAUUCCGGGUUUACCGAGUCCGGUCGUGCCGUACAGAGACUUGAGAUUCGUUUCUCGUGUAAUGUGACGUAUAGCAGUAGCCGUGACGUGACGUGUUCUGAGGGCACAGUUGAGAAGCCCGACGGCAAGUCCCUAAGGAGGAAGGAGGAAGUUAAGAAGCCCGACGGCAAGUCCCUAAGGAGGAAGGAGGAAGUUAAGGAGCCCGACGGCAAGUCCCUAAGGAGGAAGGAGGAAGUUAAGGAGCCCGACGGCAAGUCCCUAAGGAGGAAGGAGGAAGUUAAGGAGCCCGACGGCAAGUCCCUAAGGAGGAAGGAGGAAGUUAAGGAGCCCGACGGCAAGUCCCUAAGGAGGAAGGAGGAAGUUAAGGAGCCCGACGGCAAGUCCCUAAGGAGGAAGGAGGAAGUUAAGGAGCCCGACGGCAAGUCCCUAAGGAGGAAGGAGGAAGGAGGAAGUUAAGAAGCCCGACGGCAAGUCCCUAAGGAGGAAGGAGGAAGGAGGAAGUUAAGAAGCCCGACGUGAAGUCCAUCGAGAUCUGAGCUCUGAUGCAUGCCGGAGAAACCCAUAGCUGAGCUUGCGACCUAUCCAAAUAAGUCUCUGUGGCAGUCGAGUGAGUGUGUCCGUCCUAUGUCUAAGUGUGCUAUUUGGUUCGUGUCUUUCUGUGUCCAAGUAGUCGGUCGACUUUGGGAACUCUGCAUUGCUCUCGCGGUAAUAACGUUUGUCAUGGAAGUAUUUCUUAAUUAAAUACGAGUCGGUCUAGUUCAUCCGUUUCAUA